UUGUGCUGACAUAUAUUCCUCUUUUAUAACUUUUCAACGACAACAGCAUCGAAUAAUUUGUCCAAUUAGCCAACAAAGCACACAUCACAGGCCUGUAUCUCAUCGAAGGAGGCGUUGUCACGGUCAGUUGGCCAACAGGUAGCGUCGCAGUCGCGACUAAAAGGUGUAUUGCCACUGGCUAAUCGGGUGGGCGAACAUGACCCAAGGCACAGCAAAAAUGAGUGCCAGAGUGUGUGUCACUUCGAGGAAGUUUUGCUCGCAAUAGGGAGGUUUUAUUUUGACAGUGCGAUACGGGAGCGGCUAGCGCGAUGUCCAGCACCACGGUGUGUCCCUGAGCGAAGCCGAGUAGCAUCGAGUAGCGCGCGUACGUCGCGUAAGAUCAGAAAUAUCGCCGCUCCGGGUCUCAGCCAGUUGGUGACGAGCGGGCGCGCUGUGUGCACCUGCAUGUGUCACUUGUGAAUGCAGUGCGAUCAGGGCGCGUAAUAUCUGCCUACGCGUUGUUACGCACGAGUAACGCGCAGUGCACCGUACGUGACGUUGUUAUUGUUGUUGUUGUUAUUGCUGCCGUCGCCGUUGCCGCCGCUGCCGUGAUCGACACCGACGACGCCGACGCUGUUGCCGCAGCCGUUUAUCCGCGUGCACGCUCACCACGAGUCAGUACGUUGCCGGUACGUUGUCGUAGCGAGAGCCCGAUGCGGGACUGAAAGAGCAUCAAACGCCGUCGUCACCGAUGAGUUUGGCCUGCUGUUCGCUGCUGCCUUUCUAACGUAAGCGUGUGUGAUGCCCGGGAGCCGCUCCAGCACGGACCCAGAGCACAAGUCACCGCGGGAAAGUGGUGAAGAUUCUGAGGAUGAAAGCGAGAUCCUGGAAGAGAGCCCCUGCGGGCGGUGGCUUAAACGUCGGGAAGAGGUAUAUGUAGGUUCCAAAUCCACAUUAGCUGAAGGUACUAACUUUGGAUCGACAAGAGGAACUGAAAACGAAGUUACGGAAAUGGAAGUGGAACAUAGAGAUGUUCCAGGUAUUGACUGUGCCUACUUGGCAAUGGAUACAGAAGAGGGUGUCGAAGUGGUAUGGAAUGAGGUGCAAUUCUCGGAAAGAAAAAAUUUUAAAGCCCAGGAAGAAAAGAUACAGCUCGUUUUUGAGAACCUCACGCAAUUGGAGCACCCUAACAUUGUUAAAUUUCAUAGGUAUUGGACAGACACUCACAAUGACAAGCCCCGAGUUAUAUUUAUAACAGAAUACAUGUCAUCUGGAUCCCUGAAACAGUUCCUAAAACGAACAAAACGUAAUGUAAAAAAGUUGCCUCUACAAGCAUGGAAACGGUGGUGUACGCAAAUACUUUCUGCGCUCAGUUAUUUGCAUUCCUGUUCACCUCCCAUUAUACAUGGAAAUCUUACUUGUGACACUAUAUUUAUUCAACAUAAUGGACUUGUAAAAAUUGGUUCAGUAGCUCCGGAUGCAAUUCAUCAUCACAUCAAGACUUGUAGAACGAACAUGAAGAAUAUGCAUUUCGUGGCCCCAGAAUAUGGAACUGUUUAUUUUCUCUGUCAAGAUUCCGUCACACCAGCCAUUGAUAUUUAUUCAUUUGGAAUGUGUGCUCUGGAGAUGGCUGCGCUGGAAAUUCAGGGAAAUGGUGAUACGGGUACAACUGUUACCGAAGAGAACAUCCGGAAGACAAUAGAAUCUUUAGACGAUGUUCAACAAAAAGACUUUAUUCGUAAAUGUCUUGAGGUGGACCCACUUAGUAGACCGAGUGCGAGAGAGUUGCUAUUUCAUCCCGUUCUAUUUGAAGUACAUUCUCUCAAGUUACUCGCAGCGCACGCCUUGGUCAAUUCAGCUACUAACAUUUCGGAAACGAUCACAGAUGAAGUGUUACAAAGGCUAUAUGGACCAGAUACCGUAGUUGCCGAAAUAAAGUAUCAAGGGCUGCCGCCGCAACAAAUUCGAUUAAGUGAUAUUCCCGUUACGGAAAAGUUAGAAAAAUUUGUUGAAGAUGUAAAGUACGGAAUAUAUCCAUUGACUGCAUUUAUGGCGAAAUUGCCGCCGCCUGUCCGACCGAGGGCAAUAUCGCCCGAAGUGACAGAAUCGGUUAAAUCGGUUACACCCGAGCCCGUGGACGUGGAGUCUCGAAGAGUAGUUAAUAUGAUGUGUAAUGUUAAGCCUAGGGAAGAUAGUAAUGAAUUACUUUAUGUUUUGCAGAUGACAAUAUUGUUACGAAUGGACGACAAGAUGAAUAGACAAUUGACAUGUCCUGUGAGCCAAACGGAUACUUCGAUGCUUCUUGCGCAAGAACUUGUACAUUUUGGGUUUAUUAAUGAAAACGAUCGUGAUAAAAUAGCCAAUUUAAUUGAAGAAGCAUUGAGGAGAUACUUCAACAAGCAAAUGGUAACGCCGGGAAUGGUAUCGUUAACCAAUCUUCCUACUCAAACUACUUUAUUGCUGCCUGGUUCGGAAUUUCCAUGUCUGCAACACUUUGACAAUUCCAUGUGCAACGCCACAACAUCCAAUAGUGAUAGUGCAACUAACCUGCUGCCAAAAACCUCAGGUAUACCCGUGUCAAGUAACAAAACGAGUAAACUUCACGAUGAUGCAGAACCGCCGACAAUCAGCGAGAGCGGUAGUUAACCAUCCAGGACGUCUGACAACUCAGUUCACUGUGCCACUUUGCACGCUUUAUGUAUAGACUGGCUAUGUAUUUUUAUAUUUAAGUAAACAGAAAAGGGGAGAGGAAUGGAAGUAAAGGUGGGAGGGUGCCGUGGCUACACCUUUAAGGUAGAUACGACUGGAAAUUAAGACCUGCUUAGCGUUUCAUUACUUUCAUGUCUAGGCGAUCAAAGUAAGAAAUCUGUUGUAAAAUUUCGUUGGCCUUUUUUAUAUUUUAGAGAUUUUAUGUUGCGCAGAUUGUUACCUGUUAUACCGUUAUAUACAGGUAUGCGAUGAAUUAACAAAGAACGUAUAAAUUUACUGUAAAAAGACCAAAUAUUUGUGAUUGUAUAAUUAAGAGAAUAGUUAGAGGUCUGCUGAAUAUCAAUUCAUAUUUACACGAAACUAUAUACGAUUUGAUACUUACCUGUCGUGAUCCAACGGGAUACAAUUAUGAGAGUUUAUUAUGUAUUGUCUUUCUCGUAAUGUCUUUUAGAAUUACAAGAGGUGAAAAAUUAAUCCGCCAAAAGUGUAUAUUCCGCUCUGCAGGAAUGACGAUGUUUACCAUAAAAUUUAUUUUGUGCGUACAAAUUGACAAGAAUCAAUUUAAUCAUACGUACAAAACUAUCUUUUCACUGUAUACCUAUUAUAAAAUUGAUUAAUAUUAAAAGAAAUAUUGUAUAGAUCUAAAGCUCCUUUCAGGCGAAUUUUUCGAAUCAUCUCUCAUCACUCUUCUUGUUUUUCGUCAAAAUACUCAGUGUCUUAUAAAGUCUGUCUAAACAUGAGCGAAUAUAAGUAUUCGCGGAAAGAAAGUAGCAUGCUUGUCUAAUUGUCAUACUUUUUUUGUUUUUUAAUUAGGAAAAAAAUGUAAUAUUGGCUCAACAAAUUAAUAAUCGUAUAAAAGCCACGGCCCUGCUCUAUACUUGGGUAUUAUUGAUGUGAUUAAACCAAGGUUAUUAAAUUUCGAUAAAAUUAGCUGAAAUCCUUGUAAAUACUUUAUAUUUUUAAGAAAAAUCUGUUGACACAGAAAACUAGUCAUAUAGGUAUAUUCGAGUGCUAACAGACUAACACAGAUCUUAUUACGUCUUUUGCAUUUAUAACACGUGCUUGGCCAAGAAAUACCGCUCCAAUUUCAUACCUCGGUCGAAUCAAUUUCAGUGAAGCAUUUCUCAUUAAGUAAACGACUAACCCUACUAGAGGUAACUACUACCUACAACAACAUAAACUUCGAUCUUAAGUAUGUAAGUAGAUUAUCAAACUAAAUUGAAUGUGUAUAGCUUUAUAAUACAAAUUAUAAACGACGAAAAGCGCGACGACUGACUCGUGGAUAUUAUGAAAGGGCUGUACGAUGACAGUGAUAAAUAAAUACUUUAACUCGAAAA